UGUGGGGGUAGGUCGGCGGACGCUUGUUCGUGCGCGAAAAUUCGCCGGCAGCAUCCAGUGACAUCGCGGAGCUCGACGCGCGCGCCUCGUCCUACGCGCGGGAGGAUCGAACGGUCUUCUUCGAAGAUCUCUUCCAUCGUCGCGGGUCUCCUCGAACGGGCCCGUGUUCCUGUCGCGAGCUUGCGACGUGUUGAAAGGUCCCAGUCGUGACUCAUCAUCAUUAUUCAUCGCCGUCAUCACCAUCAUCGUCAUUAUCGUCGUCGUCGCGCAAGAUCGAUAUCGACGGGACCAUCUCAAGCGGCGAUCUCUCCUCCGGUUGUUGACUCCUGCUGCGAGGUGGUCAGGCCGAGUCGAGGGUCGAGUGCUCGUUUGCGAAGUGAUGCACGGUGCUCCCUGAUCGGUCGAUUUGACCCAGUGACGGACCCAGUAAGGAAAAAGGAGUAACCGUGCGCGGUCAGCCUGACCCUGGUCCGAGUCGACGAGCGUGUAGUGCGUGACAAUGCGGAGCGCGCUCGAGGACGACGCGGUGGGGAGACGGUUCCCGGGCUCGAGUGAAUAGCGAGAGGGUCGUAGAUCGUCGUGACCUCCGAUGACAGGCUGUGACGCCACGUGUUCGCGACGUCAUUCGAAGACGGGGACGAAGGUGACGGUGACGGUGACGGUGACGGUGACGGUGACAUUGGCGCCAGGACGAUCUGUCGUGGCGAUGAUGCCGUGAUGCGUGUAACGCGUGUGCUGGAUCUACCAGUGCGUUCUGCUCGAGUGUUGACGGAUUGACGGCUCAGGUCACGAGGACUUUUCUGGGAUUCGGGAUUCUCAGCUUGCGGAGUUCUGCGGGACGUGUAACUGUCGCAGCUACUCGCCCCAGGGAAAUUCGGACGUCGCCGAGGAUCGUGCAAGACGCGAGCCACGUUAGGAUGCUGCGAGGGUGAAAUUCGAGGGUGAAGAGACGUUCGCCAGUAUGCUGUGGAUAUUGAUAGUGGUGACUUGUAUCGAGGUAUCGACGCUCGCCAAUGCACAGUUGAAAGGGACCACUUCCUUCAACGACGAUGCAAACAGCGACGAACCCGACCACCCGAUACCAAUGGAGUCGAUACUAGGGGUGGCGGGGCAGAAGGCGAUUCUGCCGUGUAACAUACAGCCCCGAGAGUCGAAUGACGCCGUCUCCAUGGUGCUCUGGUUCAAAGAGGACAGCGGCGAACCUCUGUACAGUUACGACGCGAGGAGUCGGCAGUUCGGCAAGGCGAAAUUGUGGAGUGCUCCGCACUUUUGGGGCCAACGGGCGACCUUCCGGUCGAGUCCACCGGCGCAGUUGACGGUCUCGGAUCUUCGGCAGAGCGACGAGGGGGUUUACAGAUGCAGGGUUGACUUUCGGAAUUCGCCGACGAGAAACUUCAAAGUUAACCUCACCGUUAUCGUGCCACCGGCGAAGCCGAUAAUCUAUGACACGAAGAGGCGAGACAUGAGCAAACUCCUCGAGGCUUAUCCGGAGGGAACCGACUUGUUCCUGGUGUGCGAGGUGCACGGCGGCAAGCCUCGACCGCAGGUCUCGUGGUAUCUCGAUUCGCAGAACAUUCACGCGUCCACCGAGAUUCGAGAGACUCAAGGGCCAAACGGCGAGACCAGCGUCGUAACCAUCAGCAACGUGACUGUGAAGGCACUCACGAGGAGGCACCAUCACGCCAAGCUGUCCUGCCGAGCGAAUAACACUCAAUUAGCGCUGCCACCCAGCACCACUGUCGUCAUAGAGCUUAACAUGAAACCGCUCAAGAUAGAGAUUUUGGGGAAGGACCAGAUCCUCUCGGCCGGGAAGACGUACGACGUCAAGUGUCAAAGCGCCGGCUCGAAGCCGAUGGCCGUCUUAACCUGGUGGAAAGCUUCGAAGCAGCUGAAAGGGCUGAAGAAAAACGACGGCUCGAGUCUGCUGCUAUUCACGCCGAUGAUGGAGGACGAGGGGAAGUUCCUGGUGUGCCGUGCGGAGAAUCCGAAGCUGCCGGACGCCGGUAUCGAGGACCGAUGGAAGCUCACGGUGCACUUCGCGCCUAUCGCCAGUUUGAAGAUGGGCUCCACCUUGAACCCGAAGGACAUCAAGGAGGGCUCGGACGUUUACUUCGAGUGCAACGUCAGGGCGAAUCCCAGGUCGUACAAGCUGACCUGGUUCCACGAGGAGGAGGAGCUGCAUCACAACGUCACCGCCGGCGUGGUGCUGUCCGACCACUCGUUGGUGCUGCAGAGCAUAACUCGAGAGUCCGCCGGAGGGUACACCUGCAUGGCCGCGAACGUCGAGGGCCGCGCCAAGUCCAACGUAGUCAAUCUCGAGGUUAUGUUCGCGCCCAUUUGCAAGCACGUGCUCAACUCAGACGGCUGGUGGCACCAAAACGCCACCCCGCCGCCGUUCAACGUGCCGGAGGAGGUGCACGGCGCCCUCAAACAUGAGACCAUAAGUCUGGUCUGCGAGGUCGAGGCCAGCCCUACCACGGUGACCUUCCAUUGGACCUUCAACAGCAGCGGCGACCUCAACGACGUUCCGUCCACCAAGUACAGCAGCCAGGGUACUCUCAGCAGGCUCAACUAUACCCCAUCCACCGAUAUGGAUUAUGGGGUGCUGGGGUGUUGGGCUAGCAACGCGGUCGGCCAUUCCAAACAACCCUGUUUGUACCAAGUCAUCGCCGCAGGCAGACCUUACCCAUUGCAGAACUGCACCACCUACAACCAGAGCGGCUCCUGGGUGAGGAUAUCUUGCGUCGAGGGAUACGACGGUGGUCUGCCGCAGAAAUUCGUCGCCAUCGUGGGUAAACGUCGUCUAGAGUCCCCGAGCCCAUACUGGGAGUUUGAGCUAUCCAAGCCGACGAAGAUCGCCCUUUACGCGGUGAACGCGAAAGGCUCCAGCGAGCCGUUCACCAUAGUAGUCGCUUUGAAAGGGGUAGCCAAGUUCACCGGCGAAUCAACGUCCUCGGUCGACAUGUCACCGAUUCUAAUCGGGCUGGGAGGCACGGCGACCGGUCUGGGCUUAAUCGUGACCGGCGUGCUAAUGGCACUCUGGAGGAGGCACGCGGCCACUCCUACGAAACCGAAGGCACCGCAGCAGCCGACCAUCGCGACUUUCGCCGGCAAGGGCGAAGAAGAAGACGGCAAUCCGGAUCUCAUUCCCACGACGGUCCUGACCAAUCAUCUCACUGACAGGAAGCUUCCUCGUUACGGGUCCCUGCCGCGAAGACCACGUCAGCUGGAAGGACGCGAGAUGUCCCACGACGUUCUAGAGGAUUCAGAUUAUCCGAGAGCAUCGCCAAACACAUUCUACAGCCUCCAAAGGCCGCACUCGGAGUCGAUCACCAGGAGCAUCCAAGAGAGCUGCAUUUAAGGGUCAAACCUGCCAGUUGAGGCAUCAAGAAAAGAAGUGGGCGGCGAUCUAAACGGAUGGACAAGGGAGGAUCCAGACGGCCUGCAUCGCUUACUUCUAGGUCGUCGACCAUCGUUCAACAGGGUAUACGAGGCCCCUGGACCAUGGCUGAUGCUGAUUCGCGAGGAAACGAGAAUUCACACUUACACACGCUCGCGCCACGUUUUCGCAAACUCGAGCGUACGAAGGAGUACAUUCAUAGCCACUUGAUACACUACGCCUUUGUAAAUAUUGUAUAUAAAUAAAACACAUCAAUUUUUUUCGUGUUA